GCGAGUCAAACUAAGGUGUGUUGUCAUUUUCAAAAUUUACUUUAGAAAGUGACAAAAAUCUGUAAAUUUUAAGUGGCGUUUGCAAUCAUACAACCUGUAAUCAGUAUAUGGCUUAAAUUUCUGUGCUCAAAGGAAAACACCGAGUCAAAGCACAGAUGUAGCCUGCGGCACCCACAGGAAGCUGCCAUCACCACAGUCCACCUUUACAGCUUCCUGAGUGAUGAUUGUUGCUCUUAACAUUUCACACAUUCAAUCAAAAUGAAGACACUGUGUCUGACUUCAUUUUUUCGUGGUGAGUGAGAUGCGCUUUACAACUUCUACUAACAAUCGGAAUCAUCUUUCUGUUUUGUGUAAGAAUUCAACAAAUUACAGUAUAUUCAUUUAAGAAGACACUUGUUUGCAAAAUUCUUCUUCAGCUACGUAAAGCUAAUUGCUAAAUGCAAUUUCACUGCUACUCUGAAUGUCAGUAAUGGCUGGAAAGUUAACUGAUUAAAACUUAAAUUAGACAUGUAAUAUUACAGAUGCAACGAUAAAAAAAAAAAAGAACGCUGUUGAUGUAACCUGCUAUUGUAACCUACAGAGCAUCUACAGGAAGCUGCAGAGGUGGACUGUGGUGACUGCAGCUUCCUGAGUGCUGAUUGUUGUUCUUUACCUGUCACACUGUGGCGUUUCUCAUCAAAAUGAGGGUACUCUGUCUGGUUUUGCUUUUUCAUGCAAGUCUUCAGCUUCAGUGUGACAAAGGAGACAUCAGAGCACAUAUUGGAGGUGAAUUCAUCCUCAUCUGCACGUAUGAUACAAACCAAUUUCUCUACAGCAAAAAGUACUGGUGCCGAGGGGACUCCAGAAAUACUUGUGAGAUUUUGGUGGAUUCAAAAAGUGCUGCCAAAACAAAAAACACACAUAGAACUCAAAUAAUAGAUGCAAGAACAAGAGGGUUGUUUGUGAAAGUGACAAAUCUCCAGUUUGAUGACAGUGGAGUGUACUGGGUUGGGAUUGACAAAAUCUAUGCUGACAUCAUGACUUCAGUUUCCGUGGUUGUCACUCAAGUUCCAGUGUCUAAACCCAGACUCUGGCCUUUGAGCUCUCUGGCAGACAGGUCGACAUGUUGGGGGAAGUCAGUGACCGUACGCUGUGGUAGUGAAGGGGGCACUGGCAUUCAAUACGCCUGGUACCUCAAAGACAUCCUGCUGUACCAGUCGUCAGACUUGAGCCUCCACUGCAGUUUAGUAGAAAAAGACAGUGAAUAUUACUGUGUUGCCAGCAAUGACAUUAACAGUGAGAAGAGUGAUCUUGUCUCUGUCCAGGUUCUGUUGUCUGCAGACAGCAGCUGCAUCUAUGUGGUUAAGAUUCAGGGCCAACCCAUUUACGAUUGUGCAGACAGAAUGAGCACAACCACAGUCCAACCAACACCUCUGUCUACCUGCCAACCCAUCAAAACAGUCCACUCAGCCACAAGGAACCUGACUUUACCGAUCAAUCAGACUGAUCACAAUCCGUUUUUCCGAAGGACAUGGUGCGGGCUGCCACUCUGGUAUUCAUUGCUGCGCUGGAGUUCUUUUGCAUCCCUGCUGAUAAUUCUGUCUGCAGUUCUUCAGUGUAUAAAAACAAGACACAGAAAACGUGUCAAGAGGAGAAAGAAAGUUCGUUUCAGGCAACAUCGUCAUCUGGCUCAGAGACGUUAGUUCACAGUGGCGGUUCUUUGGAAGCCAUCAGCCUCUGUAAUGCUGGUUUUGUGGUUGUUUUUGGUCAGGGUGCUUUGAUAAAAGGUGAUUAUUCUCAGCUGUGGUGAGAGUGAACUGUGGUCAAAAGAGGGUCUAAUAUGUAAUUACAGUAUGAAUAUUGCGCAACGCAUGGGUUGUUGGCUUUGCUUCAACUUUUCACAACCUCCUGGCGAAAUCAUGAAUAUAUGUUAAAUCAUGUUCCUAUUCCUAAGUUUAAAUCAAUACAGUAGCAUGUUGAUCUAUCUAUUUUCUCAUAUUAAUGUUUGAGGGGUAGAGUGGAACUCAAAAAGUCAUUGUUUUUUGGUGAUAUUUUAUUUGACACUCAAAAUGUCCACUCACAGAAUAUUACCAUCAUCACUGAAUACAGAACUAAUGACCAGAGGCCUGUUUUUGUUGCUGAAGUCUCACACAGUGCAAGUCUUUUUAGUUCCACACUCCUGAUAAGUUAUUUGAUAAUGUGUCAGUGUCAGAGAUGUUCUGUUUAAUCUACACAGUAAUUUCUCUUUCUAUUUUAGUGGCGAUGCUUCAUGAGAUUACCUAACAUUAAACAGUUUAUGUUUCAUCAUGCAACUUUAGCAUUUAUCUGUGUAAGCAUUUAUGUAAUCUGUUUUUAAAAAAAAUAAUUUUCUGUGUAGGACAUAAACGGUUGAGUGUUUCUAAAAACUUGUGUGCAGGUGUAUUGAUGGCGCACAAAUGUGAUCUUUGCCUCAUUGUGUGCAUUAACCAGUCGUCUUUUUGGGGACUAUGAAGACAGGAAAAUGGCACAAAGGUAUGAAUUGUAUGUGUAUAUGAUAAUUAACAACCACGCUAUCAUGAGAUGUCAUGUCUGCAAUGGAGGACUUUGUUUAGUGGGCAGUAAGAUGACCCCAGUGGACGCACUCUGGGAGGGUGGAAAUAGAUAAAGCUAGUGUUCUUCAGGGGGCAGCACAGUGGCUUGGUGGUUAGCACUUUUGUCUUGCAGCUAGAAGAUCCCCGGUUUGUGUCCCGGCCUCCCUGGGAUCUCUCUUCCCUGUGCAUGUGUGGGUUUUUUCAGGGUAGUCUGGCUUCCUCCCACAGUCCAAAAACAUGCUCAGGUUAAUUGGUGACUCCAAAUUGUCCAUAGGUGUGAUUGUUUGUCUGUCUGUAUAGCCCUGUGAUAGACUAGCGACCUGUCCAGGUUUCCCCUGCCUUCACCCUAAGUCAGCUGGGAUAGUCUCCAGCCCCUCUAUGACCCUAAUGAGGAUUAAACGGUCGCUCAAAAACGUUCAUCAUGUCUUCUUGUUGAUAUUUUAGCUUCUGAUUCUUUUGUUCAGCUAUUAGGUGAAUAGAUAUAGAUGUUAAAUACCUUACUUGAGGAAGGCGAGAGUGUUCGCCAGAACUGUCAAGUAAGGUAUUUAGCAUCUGUGUCUGUUCACCUAAUGUCUGAACAAAAGAAUCAGAAACUAAAGGAUUAAGCGGUGUGUAGAUAAUGGAUGAAUGGAUAGUGCUCUUCACAGGAUCAGAAGGACAGACGAGGAGCCAAAAAACUAAUUUAAUAAUGUGAAUUUUGUCUUGCUUCAUGACCAAUGAAACACAGACACUCUUCUCUUUGUAUUUGUUUACCAUCUGGAAAUAUCCAUAGCCUUUUAUACAGUGUUUAUUUCACAUUUUUGUGGUAUUCUCACUGACAAUACAUGAACUGUUUUUUUCUCUCUAAUGGAGGACAACAUGUUAAAAUGUGACCUAGCUUAUAAAGUCGUGAGUAAAUGCACCUAAAUUAGGCUUAUUCACAUUUUAAUUGGCAUAUUACACUUAAUAUUCCUGUAUUAAGUGUAGUGUUAAGCAUUAUAUGGCAUCAAGACUAAAUGCAUUUCAGUUAGUUUUUGUUGUUUUGUUGGUGUUUUUCAGAGCAUUUUUACUGAUUGAAGAAAAACAUGUUCCUGAUGGUUGUGUAGUUUUUGUAGUUGUUCAGUCUCAUGGGAGUGUCAGGAAACGUACUGUCUCUUAAAGAUCUUCAUUUACCUACUUUAUGUAUAUAGUUGUAUUUUUGCAUUUAAGAUUAAAUUCUAUCCCAUAAAUUAUUUUGGAAAAGUCAAAUUGGAUAAGCUUUCUUUUAUCCUUCCAUUUUGUUAAAUGGGUAUGCAGUUUCUACCGUGUC